AUGGCCUACGGCAACACUACCAUCGGCACCACCCCCUACGGUCCCCACUGGCGCAACCUCCGCCACCUCACAGCCCUCGAGAUCCUUUCUCCGCAUCGUCUCGCCGGCUCCCUCGCCAUCCAGCAGGAGGAAGUCAGGCUCCUGGUGAGGAGCCUCUACAAGGCGGCCUCCUCUGCCCAGGGCGGCGGUUUCACAAGGGUGGCGAUGAGGUCGAAGCUGCAGGAGCCGUCCUUCAACGUCAUCAUGAGGAUGAUCUCUGGGAAGUGCUACUCCGGGGCCGCUGUCGACGCAGGCGACGCCGAGGUGGCCAGGCGGUUCACGGAGGUGAUAGAGGAGGAAUUCGAGCUGAGCGGGACGGACCCAAGCGAUUACUUGCCAGUGCUGAGGAAGGUGGUGGACUUCAAGGGGAGGGAGCGGAGGAUGGUGGACGUGGCCAAGGGUCCGAUCUAA